CAACAAACUAUGAAGAUCAUACUUCUUAUUCUCAUCGCUGCCUGCGUCUCCUCUGAUGCUACAAAUGAUUCGAAGAAUGCCGUUCUAGGAGCAUCUACAUCAACUCAAUUGGCCAGUAUUAUGAAUUCACUGCACAAUCUUCAAGGAGGCGGUCCAAACGCACAACAGACAUACACAGGAGCCCAGUAUAAUAGGCUGGUGGAAAAGUUUAAAAAGGAGGUUGACAAAGCAGAUGAGCUCGAAGCGGAAAAAAGACAAUUAGAAGCAGAAAUGGUCAGUUUGAAACGUAAUUUCGAUAGCCAGUCUGCAGAACUUGUGAAGAGUCAAAAUCAAGUUCUGAAACUCGAUUUAAACGUGAUGAGAUUGGAGGCUAAACUAACAUCCUCGGACGCGAAUCUUGAUAGAGCAAAGGACGAAGUUGAGACAGCCAACAGACGUCAGAAAAGAGCAGAAGAUGACGCCAAAGAUGCUCGUGAUGAACUUGAAAAGGAAAAGAACGCCAAUAGGGCAAACAAAGCCCUUGUGGAUGAAUUGCGAAACGCUGCUGCACAGACGACAAACGAAAUGAGAAGUCUCCGAAACCGCCUGGAUGAAUGCAAUAAUCAGAGAAAUGGACAGACGACAACCACAACACAAGAUGGUUAUCCGUUUGUGUCGAAUCAGCAGAAUCAGCCAAGAGCAUCAAAUACUAAUCAAGGAUUGGACAGAGUUGACGUCAUUUUUGUGCCAAAUACCAACGGCGACCAAGGAAGCAUCCAAUUCGGAAAUGGCUCGCCAAAUAAUGGUCGUGGUGGUGGACAAUACGUAACUCCACAGCAUCUGCUCAACCUGCUUCAGCGUCAUUAAGCUAUUUAUUCGAGUGCCUACAUUCUUUGUUUUUCAAUCUAAUUUAUUUGUCCUAUUCUUUUCAUCUUAUUCUUUUUCUGUUUUCUUCUAAAUAAAUGGUUUCAAUCGGG